CGUGUCGGCCGACCCGCGCAUCGUACCUUCCAAAAAUUGUGAAAUUACAUGAAAAUCCAAGUGAAAACUGGUACAGAAAAUUUACAGCUAAUUUGUGUUGCUAUUUGGAUACGGAUUUCAUUUAUCGGUACAAGAAGUGGAGUGAAAUGAUAGUUAAGUGUUGAAGUGAGUAUCGGCGAUGGCAGUGAACAGUCCAGGCGGCUACCCACCGGUGUCCCCCAAGCCUCACACACCCAAAAGCCCCCGUCAUUUUGUCUUCCCUCAAAAGUCUCCUUCCAUUACCUCUAGCACCUCAUCUUCUGGGUACUACACUCCCCAAUCUGGAUGCAGUUAUGAUAAGCACCAACCUCCAAAAUCUCCAAUUGCUCACGGCCACAGAAGCCCUAUGAGUCCAAGGCACUUUAACUUCCCUCAGAAGUCUCCUUCAGGAAGGUCGAGCCCUUGCAACUUUGAGAGGACACCCCAGGGCUUGCACUACUCAACGUCACUGAAGCACAGUCGCCGGGAGAAGUCCCGGUCGCCGAAGCCUCCCCCGGUUCAUAUCCACACAAAUCCUGGUUACGUGUCCCCGAACCGCACGAGGAAACUGUAUGGCUCCACGUCCACCGUCAACUCACCGCGACUGGUCACAUCUCCUAGCAUCGUCUCCAGUCACACUGACGAUUCUAUGGACGCCAUGCCUGGUACUCCCUCAGCGACGGUUAAUGACGCAGAUGACGAGAUGACAACCACUUCUUCGAGGUUUUGUCGUAAAUCUACGUCGGAUUUGACGGACUUGACGGAUGACACGCCGCAGACGCGCUCGACGAGCGUUAGCAGACCAUGCUCGCCGAUGCGCCGAGGAUCCAUGAAGGGCGGGCUGGCAUAUCUCGCGAGCAGACGGGGGUCGAGAGAGUCCACGAUAUCCAACUGCGAUUCGGUGGAGGAUAUUGGCCCUCUCAACUUCCAAAACACGAUGCGAGGUCGGCAGAGGAGGACUUCCAACUUUUUGGAAUUACCAGUGGUAGAGCACUCCCGACCCAGGGUAUGUUCUCUCCCGGAGAAGCCGUACAACCCCCGCCUGUCGGACGACCUGUACCGUCUGCGAACCUUCUCCAUCACCACCAAGGGCGGAGUCGUCAACUGUGGCGACUCCAUCUGCAACCGCCGCAGCCGGUCCAAUACCUCUGUCAAUUCUACUAAUAGCAGGGCAUCAGACAGGUCCCCGUUCGACGGGUCCUGCUGCUCGGGAUACCGGCCCGUGGACUCCGCCAGCCUCACCACCCCGGAUGAAGAUGAACUUGAACCGGUACCAAAAUACAGGGUGGUUUUAUUAGGAGACGCCGGCGUCGGUAAAACAGCACUUGUAUCUCAGUUCAUGACGUCAGAAUACAUGAACACUUAUGACGCAACGAUUGUUGAAUGUGAUGAUGAGUUUGGCGAGAAAUCCGUAUCUGUUCUUCUGGACGGUGAGGAGUCGGAGAUGAUUUUCAUUGAUCAUCCCAGCACUGAAAUGUCGAUAGAAAACUGCCUGUCAACGUACGAGCCACACGCAUGCGUGGUGGUGUACUCGGUGGUGGCUCGUUCGUCGUUCACGCGGGCGUCGGAGCUGCUCGCGUACCUGUCACGAGAGCAGUUUACGGUGGACCGGACUGUCGUGCUGGUGGGCAACAAGGCAGAUCUCGCCCGGGCACGCCAGGUGCCUACUAAUGAGGGCAAAGCCCUAGCGACGUCACGCGACUGCAAGUUCAUCGAGACGUCAUCAGGCAUCCAGCACAACGUGGACGAGCUGCUGGUGGGCAUCCUCAAGCAGAUCCGACUCAAGGAAAGCCGCGACAAAAAACACGCCAAGAAGGUUGGAAAGGAAGCGAAGCCGGCGAAGCUAGCGAGUUCGCGCACCCACAUCUCGCUGAGCAUAGCGCGCGAGCUGCUACAGAAGAUCUGCAUCAACGACAUCUCCAAGUCCAAAUCCUGCGAGAACCUGCAUGUCUUGUAA